AUGUUCUUUGACGAUGGCUCUGCAGGAGCGGGCACUGUGGAAGAGACAGUGAGGGUAGCAGGUGUGCUCACGGAAACGUUGGAAAGAGCGGGUUGGAAGGUCAAUGUGGAGAAAUCGUGUCUUGUGCCUUCUCAGAAGCCUACCAUUCUGGGUUUUGUGUUGGACCUGGUUCACGGGAGAAUUCUAGAGAAUCUAGAGGCUAGUUCUAUCUGGGACCAGGGGUGCUGGAAGGAGCUACAGGAAGUAGCUGAAGGCGAGGGCCUAGUGAGUUUGUCGGAACGAGCCAAGGACUUGGUGAUGGAGACACAUGCGUCAUCUACGGUGAAGACCUACAAGUCGGCAUUUUCGCGUUGGAAAAGCUGGGCUAUGGAGCAUGGGUUUGUGGCGAUACCCGCUACACCGGUGGCAGUCGGUUUGUACCUGAUCCACCUCGUAGAGACGAGCGCAUCCGCAAGCCCAAUUUCUGCAGCUCUGUCCGCAAUCAAAUGGGCUCAUCAGAAGGCAUGCGUACAGCUUCCUGUCAAUGCCAUGGUGGAGCAGAUUGCAGCAGCGGCAAAAAGGAGGUUAGCUUGCACCCCCAGGCGGAAAGAGCCCCUCAACAAGAAGCAGGUGGCUACGAUCGUGGGUCAACUUGCCGGGAGCGACGAUUGUCUGAAGCUGCGGACAGCGGUUAUGUUUGCCAUUGGAUUUGCUGGCUUCAUGAGGUGGGACGAUUUGGCGAGAAUCCGGGUGCGGGACAUUGUGUUCCGUCGAGACUACAUGGAGGUUCGUUUGGAUAAGCACAAGAAUGACCAGCUCAGAGAAGGCAGCUUGGUCCUCAUAAGCACGCAGCCUGGUGAGCUGGGAGCGGUAGCUCUGACGCAGAGGCUGAUCGAAGAAACGAACCUUCAAGCUGAUGAUCAUUUGCUGAGUAACUUGGUGAAAGCGAAGUCUGGCUGGAAGACGAAGAAAGGGUCACUCCAGUACUCCAGAGCAAGAGAGCUGUUCCUAGAGGCAGUGGCAGUAGCAGGCCUACAGGCAGAGAUGUUCGGCCUGCACAGCCUCCAAUCGGGGGGUACGACGGCAGCGGCCGCAGCCAAGGUUCCACAGCGACUGUUGAAACGGCAUGGUGGCUGGCACAGUGAAGCAGUCAACUCCUACAUCAAAGAGAGUCUGGACAAUAUGCUCUUGCCAUCUAGUGCCGUUAGCUGGCACUAG